CCAAUCACGCCCACAAAGACUGCUUGUCUUGCUUCUUUCGUCCUCGGUCUCGAGAGCUUUCACCCAGGGCCCGUCUCAACAUUUCAACUCGGCUGGUCCUUGGCUGGUCGACUCUGGACCGUUUUUGGGUUUUGCUUUGCACAGCCUCAAUCUGGUGCCCGCUCUCUUUCGUCUCACCCCACGACGAAUGCAUUUCGCGCUAAGACUGCGACUGCUUCCCCGCGCCCAUUUUCAGCCAUAAUUGCCCGCGCUCAUUAUACCAACUACACAAUAUUCGGUCCGGAACCAGAGUCAAGACUGAGGUUAGAGAGAGUCUGAAGAAGCCGUGAUCAGACAGUAGGUAGAGCCAGGGGCGGUUUUGAGAGGCACGGCCAACAAACGCAAGCCCUACUACUCAACCUGUCAUCGCUCCACUUGCUUCUUCCCGACUCUCGCCUUGUAUCCCGCCGUGUCGGGUCGCAACGCAUCGACUACCUGCCUACCUUACUCGUGACCUCGACAUCCGGUUCGAGUAGGUCUAGAUUCCGACUUCCUGUAUAGGAAGCUAAUUCCCCUGAAUCAAUUCCAGUCGAGCGACCGGUAUUAUCGCCUCGACUUGACAUUGACGACUGAAUACAGCUUCAAUUAGCUGCUUGUUAGCGGGAAGCAUGGAAGCCAAAGCCAUUGUGAGUGAGUCUCCAAGUCACGCCGCGACGCAACACAGAGACCCGCCUCAGCUGACCAGAGUUGCCUCGGUAUUCAGAGAGAAGAGGCCCUUGUCGCCAGAUCGACAGGCCGUGAAGCGCUGAAUCAUGCCAUUACCGCGGCCGACUUAUACAUGAAGGCAGCACACGAAGCAACUUCACCAGCCGACCGCUCUCGUUUCAGGAGAAAGUGCGCUGGACUUAUUUCUCUCGCCGAAAAGCUCAAGUCUUCCCCCAAGACCGCAAGCCCGUCUCUGACCCAGCCAACGGUUGCGACCAUCACCUCUGCUUCUAAUCCUAACUGCCAUGUGCGCCAUAUCCCAUCCAACGAGAGGACUAUCCUUCUGCGCUCAUCACGACUGCAUGGCAACAUUUUUCCGCCAUGGCAGGCUGAGCCUGAUAUUGACAAUUUCUCCCUAUCUCAGGGCCAGAAUGUUUUCUCUGACCCUGCAGAGUACACAAUGUCGGCUAGGCAGGAAAGUAUUCUCGAGGCCUGGCAGCGGCCGGUGGACCAGGCAAGAGACGAUACCGUAGACGAGGACUUUAUGGCCUCGGAAAGAGACUGCGAUCUCGUACAGGAUGUCACGACCGACUGUUCGGUUGUAGCCAGUCUAUGCGCCGCCAUGAAGAUUCUACAAGGUGGCAAACAAUCUAUCCUAAGCUCCAUCAUGUACCCCUACAACCACCAAAAGGGGCGGCCGAUGAUCUCCAAGAGUGGCAAAUACAUAUUCCGUAUGCACUUCAAUGGCUGCUUCAGACAAGUCGUUGUGGAUGAUCGGCUGCCUGUCUCGCGGAAUAAUCGCACCUUGUUCGUUGUCGACCGCAAGAACCCCAAUCUCUUGUGGCCAGCUUUGCUGGAAAAGGCCUAUUUGAAGGUACGCGGAGGGUACGACUUCCCUGGCAGCAAUUCGGGGACCGAUUUAUGGGUAAUUACCGGGUGGAUUCCUGAACAGCUGUUCUUGCAGAGCGAAGAUGUAGACAUUGAGGGCGAAUGGGACUCCAUCAAAGAGGCAUAUCAUGCCGGGAAUCUGAUCAUGACCCUAGGAACCGGUCGCUUGACGCAAUCGGAAGAAGACGCUCUGGGUCUUGUAGGCGAGCACGACUAUGCUGUGUUGGAGAUCGACAGCUCGCCCGCCGCCCGUCGCUUACUUGUCAAGAACCCGUGGUGCGAUGGUCUGGUCUGGAAAGGAGUCGGUUCAUCUGGAAUCGUUGAGCAAACGGCUGCUGUGUCGUUAUCAGACACAUUGGUCUCGAUCGAGCCAAGGCCCUCUGAGCAUACCAGGCCCGUCGGGUCCUUCUGGAUAUCAGUGGAAGACGUUGCACAGAACUUCGAGUCCAUGUAUCUCAACUGGAAUCCGGACCUGUUCACACACAGGCAGGAUCACCACUUUACGUGGCGCGUGCCCACCAAAAACAUGACGUCCUCUGUUGCCCACAAUCCGCAAUACUCAGUCCUAUCACAUACGGAACAGACCGUGUGGAUUCUGCUCAGUCGACACUUUGCAGACGAGGAGCUGGAGAUUGCAAGGAAUAAAUCAGCUUCCUUGGCAGCGGUAUCGAGACAACUCGGCUUCACGAGCAUCUUCAUCUUUGAGAGCGAGGGCAAAAAGGUUCAGGUGAGGGAGGGCUUUGUCUAUCAAGGCCCAUAUGUUGACUCGCCACAAACCCUCGCCAAGUUCAAACUUCGCAGCGGGACGCCCUACACCAUUGUCAUGGCCCAUCAAGACCUCCCGCUGGAUCAAUAUUCGUGUACGUUUACUCUCUUCUCAAAGGCACCACUCGAAGUCAAGCCAGCCGAGGAAGCCAUGAGCCACUACCAAGAGCUUUCGAGUGCUUGGUCUAGGAGAACUGCUGGAGGCAAUGCGUCAUCCAUCACCUACUCCCAAAAUCCGCAGUUCAGCAUCUCUGUUCCCCAAGCUACGCCUCUGUCCAUACUUCUCUCAUCAGGAGACCGAGAGGUUGCCAUUCAUGUCGACCUGGUAUGGGCACACGGAAGACGAGUAACAUCAAUCGGGGUAAAGGAUGUCGCGGCUAGUUCUGGCGACUACCGGAGAGGCAAUGCUCUUGUUCAGGUCCCCCUGGUGGAACCGGGCACAUACACCAUUGUGUGCUCGACGUGGGAGCCGGGCCAGCUCGCCGACUUUGGCAUGCGCGUAGGGUCUCAGGUGGAAUGCCAGAUCAAACCCGUUUUAAGCGACAGAGCCGGCCUUUUACGAACUUUGGCGCCAGGCUUUGUCUUUAACGAAGGGGAGGAGAGCAGGCGAGCGCUAGUCACGGUAUCACGGUUGUCCCGAGCCCAAGUUGUGGCGCGGUGCCCGCUGCAGACGAGACGAAGCAGCCAGCCCAUUUCUACCACGGCCGUUCGCGUUUCUCUCGUCUACGGCCGGGGGCCACAGGAGUCGAUACUCGCCAUGUCAGGCGGCGGCGAGUUCCGGGAACUGACGAUGGCUAUCAGGACACCCGAAUUUGACCUUGAGCCCGAUCGUCUUCGACAAGACAAAUUAUGGCUUAUUGUGGAGCGGCUUGGAAGUCAGCAGGGUCGACAGAGCAUCGAGGUGGAGAUUUUGAGCGACAACCCAGUUCACGUUGGCGAAUGGCAGAUGACCGAUUUCUAGUAGCCAUGGCACAGGUGAGAGGCUAGCCAAAAGCUUCGGCUCGUCGCCACAGGUGGAAGGCGGAAUUGAAAUGGCCUGGUAGGUACUUAAGCCCUGCUCAUAGAAUUUACUACGAAUCGGCGAUGCCUCCCUCCACUCAUCCUUCUCCGCUACCUCCUCCUCCCUCCUUUAUCCAUCUCUCGGGUAGACGGUUUGAAAAGCAGACAAAAGCAAAGGGGAAAGGCCACAAGCCAAAUAGAUGCCCGAAUACCAAAAGUGAGAAAGGGAUCUUCUCGUAAAUUGCCGCUUGAAUCGAAGACGAUGUUCAUGUCGGCUCUUGUGAAAGACGGUUCGAGAGUUUGCAUUCUCCUAGCCAGUCACCACCCAUCAAGCAAGAGAGAAGAGAAAAGAGGGAGAGAGAGAGAAAAAAAAAGGGGACAAAACGUGACGUGACGCGGACGACUCGUCAAUGUGGUAUAUGAUCCACCGCAACGCCAGAAUCCUCGUGACAAAAAGGCAGAAACAAACCCCCAUCAUGAACUCGUGCCGUGCCAAUUCAAACAAGCUCCAAAACAAGUACCAGCCCAAGACAGCCGCCUCCUCCAAGAACAAGAAAAAAAAAAAAGAAGAAGAAAAGAAGAAGAAAACGGAAGACAAAAAACGAAGACAAAAACCAACGAAAAGUUGGCGUCACCCACCUUGCCAAUCUUCGCUCGUCUCCCCCUCUCAUGACAAAAGAAGGGGGGAAGGACCAAGUAUCACAGUGAUAUCUGGUGGCUCCGAAUAUCCAUCUACUAUGUACAAUCAACCACCUCCUAUGUGCUCAUUCUGACAUUUUGACAAGAUGUCGUCGGUGCCGAACAGCCCACAAAAGAGGAAAGGAGAAGAGAAAAGUAUUUACGUGAAAAGCAUCAGAUGGCACAUUGCUCAGCUGAUUAGACAGGUCCUCCUCUGCGUCGUCGGCCGCGAUUUGGCCCAUCUGGUCUCUGUGACAACACAUCCCGCAAAGCAGGGUCGUCCUUAUCUUUAUCCACAUGGUGUACCCGGACAUGUCUGCAUACUCAAUUAGUUAAGUCCACGGCCGAAAUCAACUGCCUGGUAGCGACAGCGGUUCGUCGGAGGCUUCGAUUGACCAGAAUGUGUAACAACGAUAUGGAUUCACCUUACCUCUGAAGAUUAUCUGGCCGAGGAUACUUGUGCUCUCGGUCAGGACAGAAAGGGCAUACAUAUCCCGGAGAUUCGUGAACGAGCCCAUGCCUGAUCAUCUCAUUCUUUCUCUUGAACCCUUUGCCACCCUCACUCCGAGGGCAGCCUUUGACAGAGCAGUAGUGUGGUCGAGCAGAUGAGUGAACAUUCGCGUGCGAGUUGAGCAAGUACUGAGUUUGGAAUGGUGCCGCGUUGCAUCCCGAGAAGGUGCAGACAUAACCUGCCUGAGGAUUUGUAAGACCGUCGAUGCUCAUUCGAUCCGCCACAGACGUGGCGGGCGUUGAAGCGGUCUGAUCAGUGCUCGGGGUCUCUGCUGUACCGCUGCUAUAGUCGGUACUUUGUCUGUGAUGGCCACCGCUCGAUGAAGACGCGUAGUAGUAAGGGCUGACAACAGCUAGAGGAUGCGCAGGCGAUGGGUGGUCUCUACGAAAGCCUUCAUUGGGCGAAAUUGGAGGUGAUGUGUGGCCGAUUGGAAGCCCGGCGAGUGAGGGUAGUCGGGGGAUAUUGGUUGGUGGCGACCGGGGAUAUGAAGCCGUAUGUCGCGCAGAACCCAGAUCAUGCUCAGGACUUCUAGCAGUAUCUGCCAGGCGCUGCAAGUCCCCAAGCUGGGAUCUGAUAGAUGGUAAUGGACCAUGACCGCUGCCAUCAGACUUGGGAGAGUCCAGAAGUGGAGGAAGACCACUGGGAGCAGACUGUGGAGGGCUCAUCGGGGACGUGACCUCGGCCUGGCCAAGACUAGGCGCGGAACGACGAGAAGUGUACUUGUCCCCAGCAGAGUAAACGACAGCUGGGGCAGCUAAGCCAUGACUUGGUCGAUCAUCGCGAAUGGGCAAUUCCCGACUGCUAGGACCUAAAGGCAAUGCCUCAUGUUGAACCCGGGGUCUCUCUCCUGAGCGCGACUGAUCGAUUUUGAGUGCCCCAGCAGUGGGAUUGGUAACUGGGACAGAUGGCUCGGGAGCACCAGGUGAAGUGAAAGCCAAGGCGCCGGCAGCGAGGAUCUUGAGAUCAAAAGGUUCCGCCGAUUUGUUCAUAUCGCGCUCAGGAGAGGUUGGGGAAGAAGACUCGGAUUCGGAUCCGUUGUCAGAGGCAAGGGGUUCAAGAGCGGCGGCCUGGGCGACGUCUGGCUGUCUGCCGUUUCCGAGAUGAGCCACUAACACGGCAUCGCCUUGAAUGGGCUCGACCUUGCGACGACCGUGGAACGACUUUCGGCUAGGGCUCAGAGCAGGCGGAGGACUGGGUGAGGGCUGUAGUCUGGGGCGGUGAGCUUGCAUUUGGGGGCUAUCGUGAGGGAGAACGUCAUCGGGAUCGUAACAGUCGCUCGCAGCUGUGUGGUGCAGGUGGCUUUGAACAGCCGACGCAGUCAUAGUUGUCGCUACCGGAGAGUGUCGUGGCUCACAGCGCAAGCGAUAUCAAGCCGCCAUGGGGCAAGUUGCAGGGUAAGGGUCGCAGCAACGACGGGUGGCUAGCGACAGAGACGGCCAGAACGGUUGUCGUAAAACUGACGGUGACAGCGGCGAAGGAAGGGUCGACUUUGGAGAGGCGGUAAGUAGGCAAAGAUUGUCGCGAGGCGCCACGGGGUAUCAGGAGGUUGCGCUGUUAUGGUCCCUUUUUGCGCAAGGCGGCAGCUGUUGGGGCCGAGGGGAGCGACAAAGACAGCGUCGCUUCGAGGACGAUGAAAUUCGGAAAGUGAUAGAGGGGGGUAAUGCGCGUCGCGAGAAGUCGGCCCCGAGACAGCUAUCGCCGCCGUCGUGGACUCCGGAAUAAAGCAGCCGAUGAGGGAAUGGUGAUAUGCAGGUGCAGGUAGGAGGACUGGGAGGAGGAGCGGACUGAGAGAUGGAGGGCGGCCGGGAGUUGGAGGAUGGGAUGCGGCGACGUUUGGAUGUCAAAGACGGAGGUCGGUGUGGCCUCGAGCAGGGGUGUGGGGAGAAUGAGGAGCAAGCGCGGGAGUCAGUCGGGUGCGUGAUUCUUUGACGGAUAAAAGAGGGCGCCCAGGGACGGCAACCAUGCAGAUGGAUGCACGAGGCAAGGCGAGCGAGGGUCAGCAAUAGUCGGGUGUAGUACACGAGUUGAGUGAGCGGCAGCGGCAGCGGUAGCGGUAGUGGAAGCGGUAGGUCGGACGGGCUGGAGGACAGGUAGGUAGGUAUCUUGGCCCGUCGUCGGACGGGGUGCCGGUGAGGUAAGGUCAAGAAUCCGUACCUACGGUAGGUGACAAAAGUAACAAGAAUUGGGCGAGGUACGAGACGAAGGCGGUAAAGAGAUUGAGGGGCGCGACAACAGCACCUCAGAGUCAAACAGGAGCGAGUUGUUCAUGUUGCAAAAAGGUCCCCCCCAUCCAGUUCUUGCUUCUCCAAGGUAUUCAGCGGGAAGGAGGCUGUCCUUUAGUGUUAGCGCAUAAUUUCUUGGAAGCGUAUGAGAGAUUCGCCCAGUGCCACAGAUAGAUUCAAGGGACCGCGUGACCCUAGUGAGGAACAAAAGCGGAUUUUGGGGGGAGA